CGUCUCCGUAGGUCGACGCCUAUGGCAGGAGGCAGAGAGCCCGCAGCCGAGUUUCUUUGGAUUCCUUCGUGAGUUUUCCAACUUGGAGACUGUACAUAUGCGAUGGGGAAACCUGCUACCGUUCGACGGGAAAGGUGCUUAUAAGCCCACGAUACCACCGUGGGAAAUACUUCCCCACUCGCUCAGGCAUCUCUUCAUCGCAGACUGCUUGUUAUACUGCUUGCAGUGGCUGUGUGCUGAAGUAAAAAGCCUAUCUCUGCGAGUUUCAGACAGUGUACCUCUACUUCGGACUCUCUAUGUUCGGUUUGCUUUUGCUGAGCAAGAGUUCGGGCAAGGCUGUAUCAAAUGUAUCGACGGGUGGGUGCCGCGGAAAUCUCUGGAGCUGGACUCAAAAGGAAGAGCCCAGCUGCUAGACUUAGAGAUCAAAUUUGGUGCCUUAGGCGUGGACUUCCGCGUUGUCGAGAAGGACGAGACGGUGCGAUUUGCUCAAGAUCAUGCUAUAAGAAAGAGGUGGUCUAUGUCGGAGGCCGAUGGAAGUGAGGCAGAAGUUUGAAUGUUUUGACUUGUGUGAUCGUACAGUCACUGUGGAUCUCGCAGGACGGAGUAACGAAAUGCUGCAAUGUAUCAGGGCAUCUGACAGAAGCAUUUUCAAAUCACCAGCAGCCGUCAAGCUCUUGGAGAUUUGGUCAUCCCAGUCUCGGCUAGUCAGUACUCAGCCAGAGGUCACUGGUUCUUUACAUCAGACGGGGUUUUUUUAGCACCUUGGGCUUUGAAAGCUGUACAGUGCACGGUCUACCAGGCACAAGUCAAAGGCAGAACCAGGUUCCCUGGUCAAGUUUUGGAUACGGGCGAUUAGAGAGAGCAAUCAUAUUAUGCUAAGCGUUUUCAAUGCAAUACAUCAGUG